CCUAUGGCUGUGUAUGAUGAAAACGUCCUGAAAAACCCUUUUUACCUCGCUUUGGAGAAACAGAGACCAGACCUAUGCAGCAAAGUGGCAGAGCUGCAUGGCAUUGUCCUGGUGCCAUGUUACGGAAGCUUGCCUGCCGGAACAUGCACUGCAUCCCAGUUCGAAGGUUACGUUCUCCUGCCAGCAGAACAGGGCUACCAGACCGUGGAUGGGAAGGAAGUGUCUGUUCAGGACAACCAAGUGAAACUGGGAGCUGGGUUCCAGUGUGUGGGCUCAGUGCCCAUCCUGUUUGAGGAGACAUUUUAUAAUGAGAAGGAACAGGCUUAUAGCAUCCUCUGUAUCUCCCGCCCCCUCGACUCCACUGCCGACCAGAUGGAGUUGAGUGCAGUCACUGCUCCGUACUGUCUGAAGAACGUGGAGGAUGCCAAAGAGUUCCUGGGCCGUCAUACCGAAAAACUCGAUCGGUCUGUCUCCACCUUCUGCCACGCCUUCAGAGAGCAGCAAAGGAAGGGGCUUCGACAUCACAUUGACUCUGUCAAUGCCCUGUACACAAAAUGCCUUCAGUGUUUGUUGAGAGAUUCUCGUCUGAAAGUGCUAGCCAAGCAGGAACUCCAGAUGACUCUUCUCAAACAAGCAGUGGAGAUGUAUGUACAUCAUGGUAUCCAUGAUAUCAUCUUUAGUUAUGUGGGGACCCUUGAAGCAAGUCAGGAUGCUGCGUUUAAUAAGACAGCCAGGAGUCUACAAGAUCUGCAACAGAAAGACCUCGGGGUCAAGUCUGAAUUCAGUAUAAAUAUCCCUCGAGCAAAGAGAGAGCUGAGUCAGCUGAAUCGCUGCAAGUCCCCGCAACACAAACUGCUCUGUUUGAGAAAGGUCGUUCUCACAAUUAUGCAGUCUCCCAGCCGCAGAGUUAGCAUUGAGGCCAUGUGUGCUGAUGAUCUCCUCUCUGUGAUUCUUUAUCUUCUGGUGAAAACCGAAAUACCAAACUGGAUGGCCAAUCUAAGUUAUAUAAAGAACUUUCGUUUCUGUAACUCUGCCAAGGAUGAGCUCAGUUACUGCCUGACGUCCUUCGAGGCUGCAGUGGAAUACAUCAGCCAGGGCAACCUCAGCCAGGGCUCUAUGCUGAAUGACAAGCUCUUCCUCAGGCAGAGAAUGAACCUGCUGUCCCAGAAUGCCGCUACACCUAUAGAGUCUCUGUUUGAGCACAUAGUUAACGGAAAUGAGGUGGAGGUGCAGCGUUUGCUCAGUGAGAGUGAGGCAGAGGAAGAUGAGAUGAAGAUGUGUCAUCCUCUCUGUUCUUGUGAUAACUGUGAGCAACGCCUGUCUGGGAGGUUGAAUGAUCCGUCCAUAGUCACGCCGUUCUCUCGUGACGACCGAGGCUAUACCCCUCUUCAUGUUGCUGCUCUGUGUGGUCGGUCUGGGUUGAUUGACCUGUUGGUGUCAAAGGGAGCACUGGUCAACGCCACAGAUUACCACGCCCUCACGCCCCUGCACCUCUCCUGUCAGAAAGGUUACCAAGGGGUCACGCUGCUGUUGUUGCACUAUAAAGCAAACAUGGAUGCUCAGGACAAUAAUGGAAACACUCCUCUGCACUUGGCCUGCAUGUACGGACAUGAGGAUUGUGUGAAGGCCCUGGUGUACUACGACCUGCACAGGUGUCGACUGAACAUACAGAACGACAAAGGGGACACAGCGUUACACAUAGCGGCACGCUGGGGCUAUGAGGGAAUCAUUGAGGUUCUUCUGGAAAACGGUGCUAACACUCAGAUCCAUAACAAAGCCAAGGACACUCCUCUGCAGUGUGCACUCAACUCCAGGGUUUUGUCCCUGAUGGAGAGAACACACAGUGGCUCUAAGAAAGAGAACAGCACUGAGUCUCCCAGCCAUUCUCCUCUGACGUCUGACUGCAGCAGUCAGCGCUCCUCUGUGUCCAGUACCUCCUCCCUCACUGUGGAGACCCACUCAGAGAGUGAACGGAUUCGUCAUAAAGAGGUAGAGAAGUUACUGAGAGCAGUAGCAGAUGGAGAUGUGGAGAUGGUGCGUUACCUGUUGGAGUGGGUAGAUGAAGAUCCUGAUGAAGAAGGGGAGAGAGCUGAGAUGCCCACUCAGACUGAACUGUGCCACCCUCUGUGUCAGUGCCCACGCUGUGAACCUACACAAAAGAGGCUGGCGAGUCUGCAGACAGACGGCCUGGGUGUGAACAGCUGUAGUGUAGAUGGUUUCACUCCUCUUCACGUGGCAGCGCUGCACGGCCACACUGAGCUGGUGUCUCUACUUACCCGCCACGGCGCCAACAUCAAUGCCCGCAACAGCCAGAGUGCAACCCCACUGCACCUGGCUUGCCAAAACUCCCAUCUUCAGGUGGUGAAGUCUCUGUUGGAGUAUAAUGCCAAGCUGAACAAGAAGGACCAGUAUGGGAACACAGCUCUGAUUCACACCUGUUUAAAGGGACAUGUGGAGACCGCCACAGCUCUGGUACAGGGCGGAGCCUUGGUAAACAUGGCCAAUAACCACGGUAACACGGCCCUCCAUGAAGCAGUGAAGGGGGGGCAUCAAGCGCUGGUGGAGCUGCUGCUGCGGGGAGGGGCACUGCUGCACCUCAGGAACAAGAGACAGAGGACCCCGCUCGACUGUGCCCAGGAGAUAGGAGGAAAGAACACAGAGAUUGUGAAGAUGCUGCAGAAAGCCUCCAGUCAAACUGACACAGGCAGAAUGCUCAGUAAAGGGAGUCAGAGUGGGGGGAACUCGCUUGAGCAGAGGCAGAAGCAGCAGGAGUCCAGCGUUAGAAAAGGACACACACACAGGGUAACAACAAGGGGCGCCACGAUAAAAGGCAGAACUGUGGAAACCACAAACUCCACAAGUCCCCACCAGACUGUGGAUGGCCGACCGGACAGACGGAGGCUGAGGAGAGGAGAGACUUUGGAGAGCUGCAACCCCUCCAGCCACGGGACUGAGUCUCAGAACCCCGCGGCAGAACCGAACAGCCCACGGGGACGCAACAGAACCUUAACCCGUUGCCACACCAUCCACCAGAACCUGACACCAGAAUCACAUUGGACAGCUGCUGACUCAGACCCCAGCUCUGCAGGAGAGUCAGAUAAGACAGGUGCAAAUGGGCCGCACGACUCCACCGACCUCAGACGCUUGACUAAUGCCUCAACCGUGGCGAGCCAGGUCAACGGAGACACGGAACAGAGUCCCCAACCCUCUACGGACGACGAAGCAGAAGGUGCUAGAACCGGAGCAGAGGCAUCGUCCACAGAGAUGGAUGACGUUGUCUCCAAGACGCUCUGAGGGCAAGAUUGGCUCCAGCCCAGAAAAGGAGGCCAACAACAACCCCCCACCACCACCACUCGUGCGGGGAAACACAGCCUGUUCAACUUCUGCUUCCUCUAUAGGCUUGGAAACCUUGCCUCUUCCACCUCCAUUUGUCACGUUUAACAUGCAGAAGUGAGAUUCAUAUGAGUUUAACGUGCAGAUCUGAGACUCAUAAGAGUUGAGUCAUUUGAAAGGGAUCAGGGGAGAGUCUGGAGUGUGUACUGAGUGUUAGCAGGUCUGCUGUGGAAAAUCACCUGACCACACAAGACAGAACGGACAAGCGCUUGAAUGUCUGGACAGCACUGU